AUGUCCUGUUUGGUGAAGUCCGCAAAUUCAUUUGUUUCUUUUCUAUUCCAGACGGAACAAUUGGUGUUCUUAUGGGUGUUGUUUAUUUUCAUCGUCGUUGGAAAUGGGUCUGUGCUCGCCGCUAUUAGCCUGUCAGAAACUGGAAAAAGGACCCGCAUGAACUAUUUCAUUAUGCAUCUGGCCAUAGCAGACUUGUCCGCAGGCCUGGUAAAUGUUUUGACAGACAUUGUGUGGAAAACAACCGUGGAGUGGUACGCCGGAAACAUAAUCUGCAAAAUUGUCCGUUACUGUCAGGCCGUGGUAACGUUUGCCUCAACAUACGUUUUGGUAUCUCUAAGCGUGGACAGAUUCGACGCGGUGGCAUGGCCGAUGAACUUUUCCAACAGCGCCUCCAGAGCCCGAAUGUUGAUCGGUAUGGCGUGGACCAUGUCAUUGGUCUUCUCAGCACCCGCACUAUACAUCAACAAUGAGGAGUUAACGAACGGCAAAGUGCAAUGUUGGAUCUCUUUUCCUCAACCCAUACAUUGGAAGGUUUACUUCACACUGUUGACCGUGGUGUUGUUCAUACUACCAGCUCUCGUCAUCACGAUGUGCUACACUGUCAUCGUACACGUGAUAUGGAGCAAAGGGAGAGUCGCUAGUGGACCGAAACGAGAAUAUAUACCAGUACAGCAAGAUAAACUUAGCACAAGAGCAAGGUCCAUGUCCAAGAGUAGCAGCUCACGAGGUGUUAUACCACAAGCCAAAAUACGGACAAUAAAAAUGACAUUGAUCAUCGUUAUAGUCUUCAUUUUGUGUUGGAGUCCAUAUUUCAUAUUUAACCUGGUGGAUAUAUACGGACACGUCCCUGAGGGGAUAGAGAAAUACGCCAUAUCUACUUUCAUACAAAGUUUGGCGCCACUCAACAGCGCCGCGAAUCCAAUAAUAUAUGGGAUAUUCAGUACAAGAGUUUGUAGAAAUUUACGAAGGAUACGCUUCGUCAGUUCCCUGUCCAAGUACGUGUAUUGUCAAUGUCAGCGUCGACGGAGAGGCCGGGGAGCUCGGCGGUUGUCGGGAUUCACGGCUUCCUGGUCAGAUCAGACUCAUAUAACCGAUUCCAAGAGAAAUGGGUCGGUACCGUCGUCGCAACGCAGAACGUCCGCCCUGCCGCUUACACAGCGCCAUCUAUCAGAGAGGGAUAGUGCCAUUUUAAAGAAAAAUCUGGUCAUUCGCUUCAACAAGGGAGGUGACUCUGGUAUAGAGGUCGAUACAGACGCUGUAACGGAAGUGUGA